UGCCCCCCCCCCCCCCCCUCCUUUUGUUUUUGGCUGUGCGCUUCAGUCCCGGAGGCCGCCAAAACAUGAGUGUCGUUCAACGCCAGCGUCCUGCGGGCCUGUGGAUACCGUUCGCCCUCGUCGCCGCCAGCACCGUCAUAGGUAUCGUAUCGGGCGUGCAAGAGUUCGAGAAGACGCCGACUGACGCCGAGGUCAACCCAGGAACCGAAGUGCGGUUGCAGUGUCAGGUGCGAAACCGACGAGGUGAGUGCGUGUGGCUGAAGAAUGGCCACGCCGUUGGCAAGAUCCCGGACAAGUACGACUUCGAGCGAGAGCCGCAGGACGGUGACUGUUCGGUGCUCAUUCGCAAGGUCAACUUGGACGAGGACGACGGCUCCUGGCAGUGCCAGGUCACCAGGGCAUCUCUGGAGGAUGCGGCGCUCAACUCUAACGCCGCGAACCUUGUUGUGAGAGAGAAGCCGCACCCUCCACGGCUAGAGGAAGGCACCCAGCCACUGAGCGGUCAGUUCAAGACCAAGGCAGGCGACCUGCGGAGGUUCCAGUGCGUGUCGCGCAAGGGGAACCCGCCAGCGUCGCUUCGCUGGCAGCUGGACGGCCAGGACAUCACCGCCCUGGCCAACCAGACUAACCAGACUGACGUCGAGAAGCGCGGUACGUGGCAGGCCCUGUCCGUGCUUGACUACACAUUCAUCAAGGAGCACAACGGCCGGGAGUUGCGAUGCGUCGCCUACCACGGAGCCUACGAGGACCCGUCUGGCGGGCCAGGACACAGGGACGUCAGCGUCAUCCUCGACGUCAUGUACCCUCCGGAGAUCAAGUACGAGGGUCAUCCUCGCGAGGAGGUCGAAGAGGGCGGCUCGCUGACGCUGAACUGCGUGGCAGACGCCAAUCCACCGGCGAACAUCCUGUGGCGCAAGUCGGGACAGUCGAGCAUCUACGACAUCAACAACAGCAUCCACUUCCCUUCCAUCCAACGCACAGACUCGGGCGUCUACAGCUGCUCGGCCAAGAACGACUUCGGAGAGAGCGCCGAGAUACAGGUCACCGUCAACGUCAAGUACAGGCCGAAGAUUAUCCAAGUGGACCCUUCGUCACCGGCCACAUUCAAUGUGGACGAAGUCAUGACGUUGCAUUGUGUCGCCGAAGGAAACCCUGUGCCAAAGAUCACGUGGCUACAACAAAACGGAAGAGACCCCAAUGUGUGGAACAUCCGUGGUCGCAACGCGACGCUCAUGGUUGCCAACGUCAGCUACAGCCACCAAGGCGUCUACCGCUGCGAGGCGAGCAACGUUGUCAAGAACCAGCCCUAUCGCGUCCAGUCGCCAGAAGUGCGCAUCGAUAUCCGAGGUCCUCCACAGAUAAUGGUGGAAAGCAUGAAGACACGCCCUGUGGUGGCCGCCAGCAAAGAAGAGGAUGCGGCGAUCACGGUCGUGUUCUGCGCCGACCCCAAACCUGUGGACACCUUCUGGGGCUGGGGCUCCUACAAGCUCAAGACGGGCAGUGCCCUCGGACGCUUCGUCGCAGAGCCCCUGCUGUCGGACGAAGAGCUGAAGGAUUGUUAUGAGUCUCGCCUGCUCAUUCAGAAGGUCGAGAGCGACGAUUCCCGAAAGUUCACGCUGUAUGUGGACAACGGGAAGGGCAAGGCGUCGUACACGGUGUCACUAGAAGUGAAGGAACCACUGGCAAUGACGUUAGUCAUUGCUAUUGCUGUGGGUGGCGUCGUCUUCCUGAUAGUCUUCCUCACUCUCUUUGUGUACCUCGUGAGGUCAGAAAAGAUGUGCUUCAGACGCACGAAGUCAAAUAGCAAGAAGUUGCAGCACCUGCAGCACCUUCAACACGUGGACAACUGCAAGGUGCACAUGGGGAACAACUUGUAGAAAGAAGACGUGUGACGAUGCUGCCAAUGGCGAAACUUUCAGUGGCGAGCUCUGUUCUCUAACUAAUGCGUCCAGCUUUGUGUGUUGGUCGCGCCCCACAGUGCAUUACUGUCGUGUACAUCCGUGUGACUGGCGGCGAGACGACACGGAGCACGUAGUCCGCACAGUCAAAGACACGCAAGUCGUGCGUUUCAAGAACUGCAAGCGCUCGCGCUCUCCUCAAGACGCAGUUUUCCUCAGGCUUCACGCGGUGCAAGUUGGUGAAUACAAAAUAUUCGCUCUGCGGCCGUGGAAGUCGGCCGUGUUGCACGAGGUCCGGUACUUUGCAAGACAUCGUGAGUGUGUGCGUCCACCAAAUGUCGGAAUUCGGGAACAAGCCGCGCUCCCGUCUCUAGGUCCACUUACGACGUUUGUUCAAGUCGCCUAUCAAACUGUUCAGACAUGGAAAGAUGAGAAAGAGAAGACGCACGCAGCCUGCAGAUUGCUCGCCCGAUAUUACGCUUGCCGUACGGACAUGGUAGCGUUGUUGAAACAGCUUUUGUGUAUUGUCAUUGCAUCAUUCUGUUUCUGAGCUGGUCUUUUUUUAAAAAAAAAGUUUGAGUAACAAGGACAUCAGAAAUCGUGGCUGGUAAGUAAAGGUAGAAAAAUCAUUGCUGUCCACCGUGGAAGGAAUGACCCGCAACACAUGACCAACCUGUAAUAAAACGCAUAUAAGUGGUUUUGUUCUUGCAUGAGAAUGAGACUUUCAUGUGCUUUCAAGGCUUCGUUGUGUCUUUUUUAUUCAAUCCAAGGUCAUGUUCUGCAUAGAUGUUGAACGGGCUUAACAUCUGUGUUCUGGUAAAGUACAUAAACGCGUGAAUGUUUGUAAACUCGAGAGACUAGUAGGCAAAACGCUCAAAAAGACAGAUCACUAAUUUCAGUUGACUGUAGGUUUGUUACACCGCUCGCCCAAUAGUUGAAAAAGUUUUAUUUUAUAAAGGUCUGCCCGUUAUAAGUGUUUUCGUUUGUAUCCAUAUGCUUAGGACAUAACACAUUGUACCUGGUAGAUCACAUUCGGUCAUGUCGGAUCUGCCACGUCAUUAGAGGCGUUAGGUGUGUUGCAUUUUAAUACAACAAAUCGUUUGGUUUGAAAAUCUGGAAUCAUGCUUUCAGUCAAGUACUGAUAUUUUCGUGUAAACUGCCAUGAAGUGCAGGACUUCCUCUCUUCUCGGCGUGUCUAGGGAUCUUUCUGAAUGUACGCUGUCAUACAGUGCGUUUCCUGCAUGCAAUAUAUAUAUUGGUAAACCGAAAGGUUAAAAUAAAACACUGAACGCCUGAAAUUUCAUUUUUUUUUUGGCGUCAUUUCUGAGAACCCUGAACUGCGCUGCUGAGAUGCCAGAUUUCCUAAGCGUCGCUUUUCGCCGCACAUCUAUGCCUUGGAUUAAGCUGAGCCUCCACGCUUUUCUUCCGACAAAUUUAUGCGAGCUGAAAUAAGAUGUUGGCUCGUUAUUGUUUACUCCUGUUACAAGCGAAGUUUUGACGCUGUUGUGUGACACGCAAAGUUGAGAAGUGUGACUGCCAUUGAGCGUCAGUGUUGAAUUGCCCCCUCUGAGCGUUGGUUUGUUUGCGAAACCACAAAAACACUUCGUUUUACUGUUUUUUUUGCGAACACUUCGCAUUUAUUUCAUUGAAGUGUUUGCCACCGCCUUUAAUAAAACUAGGUGGCAUUCAAAAUUGACUUCGUAAUCAAUGGCUUGAUGACUGCAGACAUGACUGAUACCUAAUGGCUGGCACAGUCGUGAAAACCUAUUUCACACGUGAUACGUGGAUACACUGGUGUUGUGACUGCAUUUCAGAGCUGCCACAUUUUCACCAUCAAGUUGGGGCAAUUUUCAUUUAGCUUCUUGAAACAUACAUUCCAUUGCAGGGCCUCCUUGUUGGGGGAAACAAAAUGCGUUGGCGAGCUGGUUGGUGUGAAUCCAAGCCAACUAGUUGGCUAGUUGGUGUGGAUUGUUGGAGGCACUUCGUGAGCUUUAGCCUGGAUACUGUUCCCAACUGUUGUUUUCGCCAUAACUGUGUUAAAAAAAACUAGAUAUGUGUCACAAAGGAACGGCGUGUCGAUACACCGAGUUGUUUGUGUCCGAGCUUGGGCUUAUCUCAGACGAAUUGCGCAUGUAUAUAGAAAACACGCUGUUUCAUGUUUUACUGAGCGAUUGCAUCGAGCCUGCGUGAGAAGAUCGAACUGUUAUCUCGUAAUGGGUGGUCGUAAGUGCCGCAGUGAAGCCUGUAAUACAGUACACCUGAUAUGAUGAGAUUGUUGAAGGCUUUUCUCUGCAGUUCAUUGCGAAAUACCAUGUCCUCAAUGUUAAUAUCACGGCUCUCGUCAUUUGAGUUUUGGCAGACGCGAAUUGUUGUUUUUGCCCUACUGAGUGUUUUGUAUUUGGCAGGCGAAGAAUGUGUGGCUGUAGCAUACGUAGGAACACUUUGAUAAUCUUUGUUCGGCUAUAAAUAAAGAAAGUUAAUGUAUAUUAU